AUGCCUGCUGCUUUUAGUAUCAUGAAUAGUUUAGAACAAUAUUGUAAUAUUACGACCUUGACAAGUGAACAACAUGUAGACCUCACAUCAAGUCGAAUAGAUCGUAAUGAUGCUGAUUUAAAAAGCUUUUUGUAUUGGCUGGAUCAACGCAAUCCAUUUAUUCCACGUGAUCACUUGAUUUCAUUAUCAACUGGAGUUAUUGGAGGUUUUGAUAUAAAUUGUCAUAAUGCGUUUGAGAAAGGGGAAGAAGGGAUAAAGUCGAUGUUAGGAAAAACAGUUGACGAGGUGUCACUUUCAAAACUCUAUAAAGUGGCAACAUUGGUUGCUGCUAAAAAAGGAAUGAUCAAUCAUACUAAUUUCACUGCAGUUGACUCAUCAGUUUAA